AUAAUUACCAACAAUUGGUCAAUUUUUGAAUCCAAAGUAUUUGUUUCCCCCUCUUAAAACUACCCCGUCUAUGGACGUACAAUAACCCGAAAUCCUAACCACUCACCUGACCCAAACGAAACUUUGAAAAAACACAAUUUUCAAAGGCUGAACGCAUCGAUUUCAUACCUUUCCAAAAACCCAAAGGUUUGAUUUAGUGAAAGCAUAUGGAUUCCUUUUUAAAUACGUCAAAGUCAUCUUUGGCUAAUUUAGAAAAUUACAGUCAUGUGCGGGUUGUCAUAGGCAACAUGGCAUGUGACUUGGAUUCAGCGGUAUGCGCCAUAGUGUACGCCUUUCAUCUUCACACAGUUUUGGAAAAUGGGGAAGAAAGUAUAGCUGUCAUCCCAAUACUGAAUAUACCUGAAAAGGAAUUUCGGUUGAAAACCGAAGUUGUCUACUAUCUAGAGAAAUACAGAAUAUCUCAGCAGGUACUGACUUUCAGGGAUCAGAUCGAUCUCACAGGUCUUAGUGACGAGGGAAAGUUGGAAGUUGUGUUAGUCGAUCAUCAUGCUCUCUGCGAGAAAGAUAAAGAACUUGCCAAAUCAGUUAUAGAAGUAAUUGAUCACAGACCACAAGAUUUGACAUGGCUGUGGCAAGAGAAAAAUGUUGACAUAGAAAUGGUUGGUAGCUGUGCAACUCUUAUUGGAAAAAAGUUGUUGCAAACAAAUUCAAAAGCUCUGAAUUCUCGGGUUUGCAAUCUUCUUAGGGGUCCAAUACUCAUCGACACCGCAAAUUUUUCAAAAAAAGCAAACAAAGCGACUCCCACAGACCUUGAAAUCAUCCAGAGACUGGAGGAAAUCACGUCCAUUGUUUCCGACAGAGAGCAAGACUACCGAGAAAUUCUUUCCGCUAAAACUAAUAUCAGUGGUUUAACUGCCUCUGAUUUAUUGAUGAAAGAUUUAAAAAUUACCAAUGGCAUACCGAUUCCAGGUCUGCCGAUGUUAGUGCAGGUAUAAAAUUAUGAUAUUUUUCCUGAAUCUCUGGUAGAAAUCUCUGCCCACAUUCUGAGAAAAACUCGAUCCCAAUUCCAGAAGUUUGUGAAUUUAAAUGGGGUCUUCGAGGCACUGACGGAAUUCGCAGCGCAGAACAACUGUUCCGUGAUAGUUCUGAUGGGCUUAGAAUUUUCCGACAACUCGGUAAUCCGAGAUAUGGCUAUUUUUUGGUUGGAUUCCGACGUUAGCC